AUGGCGACCACUACGGCACCUGGGGUGGGAGCGGAAUGGAAGAAGAAUUUGUCGGCGCACGUCAUUUGUCCCGAAUGCAAAGAAUUUCCUCCGAACCUCGAGUUCCCCGGUUCCCACGAAACUGUCUGUGGCUCUUGUGGGUUGGUUCUCGCAGAUCGCGAGAUUGAUAUACACUCCGAGUGGCGAACGUUCUCGAACGAUGAUCAGAACAACGACGAUCCGUCGCGUGUUGGGGAAACCUCCAAUAUCUUGUUGAAUGGCAAUCAACUCGAGACGAGUAUUGCGGGUGGAGCGACUGGCGCUGCUCGACAGUUGUAUCGUGCUCAGAACAAGCUCUCAAGCGAAAAGAACAAUAAGGCGCUGAUGGCUGCUUACAAGGAGAUUGGCGCUUUGUGCGACGGAUUCAACAUUCAAAAGAUUGUUGCAGAUACAGCCAAAUACCUGUUCAAGAUUGUGGAUGAUCACAAGGCUUUCAAGGGAAAAUCCCAGGAUGUGAUUAUCGCCGGUUGUAUCUUCAUUGCUUGCAGGCAAUGCCAGGCUCCCAGAACCUUUUCCGAAAUCUUUGCAGUAACCAAGGUGUCACGGAAAGAAAUUGGGAGAAUCUACAAGUCUCUUGAAAAAUUCUUCACGGCGCAGAACAUCGAACGGACGGCUGUAGUCGGGGCUGAUGCGGGCUUCAAACAAACCACUUCGACCAAACCUAGUGACCUAUGUGAACGUUUCGGUUCAUUCUUGGGCUUGGAUUACCGCACGUGGCAUUCGGCAGCUGAUCUGUCCGACAGAGUCACGAAAGAUGGAGACCUUGCAGGUCGUUCACCACUCUCGAUCGUCGCCGCUUGUCUCUACAUGGUCUCUCAUCUUUGCGGUGUGCCCAAGUCCGCCAAGGAGAUUUCGGCUGUUGUUGGUGUGAGCGAUGGAACUAUCCGUGGCGCAUACAAGCAGCUUUAUGCUGAGAGGGAUCGUCUGAUUGACGAUGAGUUUAUCGCUAAAUCGAACGGAGACAGAGCCAAUCUACCUCAGAGCUAG